UUUUAACGAAGAAAAUUAUUGUUCCCCUAUUGUGGAUAACCAAUAAUAUUUUUAAAUUUCUCUAAACUGAUUGGCUAAUGAUCAAUGAAUGUUUUCUUAAUAUUAUUAUUUUUGAUUGUGUGACUGUUUUUCUAUUAAUGAUAUAUACAGAAUAGAUAGUUCUUUCCUAUUAUAUAAAAUGGCGGGAAUUUUCAUAUAUAUCUGUUUUACUGUAUUUCAAACUAAUAAUAGCUGAUGGAAAAGGUUGGGUACUGUUUCUUGACAUUUAUUAAGAAACAAAUUGAGACUAUUUAAUAUUUUUAACAAGUUUAGGAAUUUUUAUAGAAGAUACAAAGAGAUGCCAAUGUUUGAAGGAGGAAAUUCUGACACUGAAAUAUUAAUUGAAGAAACAUUGGAAGACAUUUGGAAUAUUACAUUAAAAAUAAAGAAAGAAUUGGAUAUUAUAAAUGACCUUGUAAGAGAAAAUGGAGAUUUCAGUGUAGCAGUCAUACGAACAAAUCAAAGUUUACUAAAAAUAAUUGACAAAAAAGGUAUAGAUUUAUCUACUAUUGAAGAAGAAGAGAAAUGUGAAGAUGGUAAUAUUAAUGAUACUAAUAGUAAGAAUGGAUCAGAUAUUGUUGACCCUCUUGUCUCUGUUAUAAAUAGAUUUUCAAAGAUUUUAGAAAACAAUGAAUAAUUAAUGCAAUUAAAUAAUUAUAUUGUA